CCCUGCUGCGCUGCUCUGGGGACCAGUUGGAACAUGGUUAGUAUGUGGUAGCGCAGGCAGUAAAGACCUCUCCUUCACCAUUCCCCUCACCCAGUCUUUAAGCCCCUGGCCUCAGACAUGGACCACAUCCCUGAGGUCAGUUUUAUGGAUGCUGAGGGCCUUACAGUAAAGAUGACAGCAGGGUUUUUCUUCCACUGCCCUUCCCUGCAGAACCUGCUGGAGAUCCCAAUGCAGACGCCUACACCAAGUUCUUCAUGAGCCACUGCUGCUACGAUGCCAUUCCAACCAGCUCCAAACUGGUCAUUUUUGAUACAACACUGCAGGUAAAGAAGGCGUUCUUCGCAUUAGUUGCUAAUGGAGUCAGAGCUGCACCUUUAUGGGACAACAAACAGCAGUGUUUCGUAGGAAUGCUUACUAUAACAGAUUUUAUUAACAUUCUCCACCGAUAUUACAAAUCACCUAUGGUUCAGAUCUAUGAGUUGGAAGAGCACAAGAUUGAAACCUGGAGGGCGGUCUAUCUUCAGUACUCCCUAACCUCUCUGAUCAGCAUCACCCCUGAAUCCAGCCUCUUCAAUGCCAUUUACUCCUUACUGAAGAAUAAGAUUCACAGGCUGCCUGUUAUAGAUCCAGAAUCGGGGAAUGUUCUGCACAUACUGACCCACAAACGCAUCCUGAAGUUUCUUCACAUCUUUGGUUCCAUGAUCCCAAAGCCAAGAUUCUUACAAAAGCGAAUUGAGGAGGCGGAAAUUGGGACCUUUAAGAGUAUCGCCACAGUCCAGGAGACGGCAACGGUUUAUGACGCUUUAUCAAUAUUUGUUGAGCGGCGAGUAUCAGCCUUGCCCGUUGUGAAUGCACAAGGAAAAGUUGUGGCGCUCUACUCCCGGUUUGAUGUCAUUAACCUGGCUGCUCAGAAAAAUUACAAUAACCUGAACAUGACAAUGCAAGAAGCGAUCGAGGGCCGCUCAUGCUGCAUUGAAGGUGUGCUAAAGUGUUACCCACAUGAAACCCUGGAGAUCAUAAUUAAUCGCAUAGCUGAAGCAGAGGUUCAUCGUCUAGUUCUAGUGGACAAAGAGGAUGUAGUCAGGGGAAUCAUCUCGCUGUCUGACUUGCUGCAGGCCUUGGUUCUUACUCCUGCAGGUAGGCAGCCUGUAGUUUCUUCUGGCCAACCAGUCGAGACGCUGCAUUAGCACUCUGCUGCUUCUGCUCUUCUCAUCUGUAUAUUCGCAUCCCUCCUCUUUGGCUCAGGUCAGUGGGCAGCACCUAUCUGGGCAGUGCUAGGCUACUGUUGGACCACUCUGGGGAGCUAAUUUCAGGAUCUCAGUCUGACCUGAUCAACCGAUGGCCUUUGGAAUGAUCAGACCAAGAAUCUAAGAUGGGGUUCUUGUUUGUUAACUGACCUGCUGACAAUUGUUUCUUUUUUAAUAGUGAUUUCUUUAUGCCUAUACUUCUCAUUGCAUGUCAGACCACUUUGUUUGGUAGAUUUGCUCUCUUCUGCUAUUAAUAAUAGCAUAUCAAGGAAGUAGUGCCAAGGUUAGUGUUGGGAAUAAUUUCUUGUGUGAGUACUCUAUCCCGAGGUGCUCUGCUAAUACAGUGGCUUUGGGAUGGCUUUACAUAUGCUGAACUUUGAAUGUCUCUUGAAUGAGAUUCAAGAUUCAAUGUCUCUUAAGACACCCAAUUUAAAAUGUAUUGGGGAUUAAAGAGGUAACAGCAUAUCAAUGAAAUGGAUUUUAUUGAGUAUUAUACUAAUAUUACACUAAUCAAUAUAAUUUGUUGUUUCUAAUGAAUUUUCCAGAAAUUUCUUGCAAAGCAGACUGUGAACACUGAGGAAACUAUGCAAUGGAUCAUGGAUGAAGACUUAAACUGUAUAUAUUAUAAAUAAUGCAGCAUAGAAGUUUUGUGUAUUCAUUUUUGUUCAUAUUUGUAUUGUUUCAAUUAAUCAGAAUUAUUAGUUGAGAAAAUGUAGUGUACUUGUACAUACUCAGAAUCUUAUACAAUAAUGUGCAUCCAACCACUAAUUAGAUCCAAAGACUGACAGUAUAAAAACUGACUCGGAGAGGAAAUGUAAUUUACAAAAUAUAAUCAGUUACUUUUCAUUUAUACUUUUUUUAUAGAGGUAUGCAAGUGACAAUAGUUUUGUUACUUCAUUAGCGACAACAAUCAAGUCGUUUUAAAAUUAGUCUGAAUUACAGUUGGAUUAUUGGCUUUAUUAACAUUUAUUUAUUUACUUUAUACUUGGUAUUUGAAAUAAAUUAAGCCAUUUAAUUUCAUUCUGAA